CGAGAAAGGGCACCCGUAUCUAUCCGUUGCAUUACUAGCUGGUUUCUUUCAGAGAAAAAGCUCUGCAGACGUGAAAACACCACGAUUCCUGCCGAAGUGGAACUCUCGCCAGUUGCCACAGUCUUUCCUGGAUUCCCUUCAACCUUCUCGCCGCAUUUCUCCAUCCUAGGUUUUCUGGAAUGAGCUGUUUUCCUGCUUGCGUCGUUUCCAUGUCAGCAUGGGAACUGCCGUGUCCAAAAGGAAGAAUAUAAGAAACGAUGCGACAUCUUCCGUGGCAGCAAAAGUUAGAGCAGCGUUUGGAGAGUACCUGUCCCACACACACCCUGAGAACCGAAACAGUUCAGCCCAUCUCCUGUCUGACACGUUUGUGGGCCCAGACUCUGUCUCCCCUGGCGGUGUCCGUCACCACAACAACAACUAUCCAUACCCCCACAGGGGCUCUCCGGCCUCCCCUGAGUCCAGCCUGGUGAAGCAUCCGCUGGGUCACCUCCAGCCUCCGCCCGUCUCCAUCACCACCACCAAGACCCGCCUGUCUCUGGAGCGCAGCUUCUCGGCCGAGGAGGACCAGCAAAAGUGUGUGGAGUGCGCCCUGCAGCCCGCCCGCGUCUACACCAUCACCGGAGAGCACGGUAUGCUGGGUAGCAACCGGGGCAGCAAGGAGAGCCUGGAGCUGGAGCUGCUGAAGGGGGCGUCGCCCCUGGUCCAGCCCUCCACCUCCCCCUCCUCCACCUCCUCCUCCUCACCCACCCAGCACCACCUCCGUCACGGUCACCGCAGCAACACCCACCGCGAUGACGGGAGCCAUCGUCACGGCAACCCCGUGGCCGGCGGCAGUGGCAGCAACCAUCACACUCUGAAUGUUACCGGUGGGGGAGCCUCCCACCAUGGUCACCAUGGCAGCCACCACCACCUAUCCCAGCAGCCUCUGUCGAGCUCUGUCAGCGCGCAAAACAUUCGCAGCUGGGGCGAGGGGGGCAAGGGGGACUCACGGGAGGACUGCAGCCUCAAUGUGGUCUUGGACUCUAGUGGGGCCCCGUCCCGUAGCCAGGGCUCCCUGGAUCUAGAGAGCUCCCGCGAGGCAGGCAAGCAACACAGGCGCCUAGAGAGGAUGUGCAGUGUGGACCGGAUGACUGGGCUGGAGAGAGAGGACAACAACUGGUACCCAAAAGACAAUAUGUUUAGCUUUCAGACUGCUACUACCACCAUGCAGGCGAUAUCGAACUUCCGGAAGCAUCUCAGAAUGGUGGGCAGCAGGAGGAUGAAGGCACAGACAUUUGCCGAGCGUAGAGCGAUGAGUUUCAACCGCUCCUGGAGUGACCCCACCCCUGUCAAGAAUGACUCUCCACAUGACCCCAGAGACAGUGGGGACCUGCCUGCCUCGUGUGGGACCCUGGAUGAGGGGGAGCGUGAGGAGCUAGACUGGGAGGAGGAGAGGGAGAUGGAGAGACUUGCCUGUGAGGGAGAUGACUUCAUCCCACCCAAAAUCAUGCUGAUCUCCUCCAAAGUCCCCAAGGCGGAGUAUGUCCCCACCAUCAUCCGCAGGGAUGAUCCCUCAAUCAUCCCUAUCCUCUAUGACCAUGAACAUGCUACGUUUGAUGAUAUCCUCGAGGAGAUUGAGAAGAAGCUAACAGCCUACAGGAGAGGCAGCAGAAUCUGGAGGCUGCUCAUCUUCUGUCAGGGAGGUCCAGGGCAUCUGUACCUGUUGAAGAAUAAAGUGGCCACAUUCGCCAAGGUGGAGAAAGAAGAGGACAUGAGCCAGUUCUGGAGGAGGCUGAGUCGGUUUAUGAGCAAAGUGAACCCUGAACCCAACCUCAUCCACAUUAUGGGCUGCUACGUCCUGGGAAACCCCAAUGGAGAUAAGCUGUUCCAGAAGUUGAAGAACCUGAUGAGGCCUUACUCCAUUGAAUUCGAGUCGCCACUGGAGCUGUCUGCGCAGGGAAAAGAGAUAAUUGAGAUGUACUUUGACUUCCGUCUCUUCCGCCUGUGGAAAACUCGCCAGCACUCUAAACUCCUGGACUACGAGGAUCUUUUAUGACGGGGCUCCAAGUCAAGUCCGUCCUGUAGCAUACAUGCAGUCUCUACUGGGACAGGAGGACCUACUGAACACCACUGCUCAACUCAACCCUACUGCUCAGCCCCACUGUAACAUCUAUCACACCUGCUUUCAAUCAGGACAGGACUGGGAGAGGGGGGUGAUGAGGAGGAGGACGAAGAGAAGAGGGACAGGAGUGAUAGAGGUCGAGGAGGAGGCGAGGGGGUGACAGGGCAGUUGUCAUGGUGCUGUGUGUGUCACCCAUUAUUUAUUUCAACCCGCCUCUUCACCGCCUUCGCAACCACUAAGGGUCGAGGGUCAAAAAGAGAGACACCCAAGCAGAAGGGAGGCUAGAAGGACAACAAGACCUGAAGAUGGAGAGAAAGAGUGAACGAGUAGAACGGGAGAGAGAUCGUCUGUGCUCUUGCUCUCUCUCCCUUUAUGAAACGAGGAACAAAAACGUGUAUUAUCAUCAAUGCUCAUAGCACUUUAAAGGGCAAUUGUCUGGUUCUGUCCUGGUUGGACCUCUCAGAGAAAUCCGGAUUGGAAAAUCAAAAUUCACUCCAUACGUAGGUGUGUAUGUAUACAGCACAUGAAUAUAGUCUAGCUCUAGUCAUGCAAAUUCUCCCUCUUUAAGAACAUGAUACAUUGAUUAUGUUUGCUGUUUCUUCUGAACUCUCCUCAAUAACUCAGGUUUUAGCCAUGAAAUCACCUCUGUUUGUUUGAUCCCCUGGUGCACCAGAUAUUGUAAUCCUCAUUGCCAUUGCUUGGGAUGAAUGUAUAUAUCAUUUAUCUUCUAACUAUUUCAACUGAUUCAGCUCCGGGGCCAAAAGUGUAGGGGGCGAUGUCACAAAUACAAAUGUGUGUGUGUGUGUGUGUGUGUGUGUGUGUGUGUGUGUGUGUGUGUGUGUGUGUGUGUGUGUGUGUGUGUGUGUGUGUGUGUGUGUGUGUGUGUGUGUGUGUGUGUGUGUGUGUGUGUGUGUGUGUGUGUGUGUGUGUGUGUGUGUGUGUGUGUGUGUUCGUUUGUGUGUGGCUGCGUGCGUGUGUGUGCGUGUUCUCCCUCUCUGAUAAUAGCCAUGCUGAACCACUCCAUUUCGCACCACAGAGUGAAGCCACUGGACACACACUUUCACCAGAUGAGUUGUGAUGUCAGACCUGGUAUCAUGUAGCUCAAGCAGAACCCUUAUACCGGUGGAUUAAAUGGCCCGUGUCAAUGCCUUCCGUCAGUAGCUGUACCCCAUCUAGCCUCAAGUCAGUUGGUUGCUCUCACCAUCAGCUCGACAGUCCUGGCUCCCCCUCAGGACCCCUUCCUCCACCGGGCCUUUUGGUCCAGUCAGAAAAAAUAGGCACUUAAUGAAUUGGUCUGAUCUUCAUCAUUCCAAGCCAUUAAGGAGCCAUCUGGGCAUCAGCAGAGUUAUGUGCUGUGAUGUAUAUGCACCGAGGGGAGAGAGUGUGUGUGUGUGUGUGUGUGUGUGUGUGUGUGUGUGUGUGUGUGUGUGUGUGUG